AUGUCUAAUACAACCACACAGAAACGUGGUCCAAUAACUUGCCACGUACUCGACUCUUCACGCGGAGUUCCUGGCAAAAAUAUCGAAGUCUUGCUGGAAUGUCAACAGAGUAGCGUUGAUAAAGAUUGGGUUACUAUUAGUAAAACAAAAACAAAUGAAGACGGAAGAUGUUCAGACUUAGUUUCUCCUGAUUACCAAAUACCCUUGACCAAUUCUGCAGAUGAUCCCAAAGUAAUUUAUCGUCUCACCUUUUUUACUACACCAUAUUUUGAAAGUUUUGGACAAGAAUCAUUCUAUCCCUUUGUUCAGAUUGUUUUUCAAGUGAAGGAUGCCGCACAACAUUAUCACGUUCCGUUGUUGAUCGCACCUUUCUCUUACACAACUUAUCGUGGAAGUUAA